AUGGCGGGCGGCUCUCACCCUUAUUAUCCUCUCGGGGCCGACAUCGUCGGCUAUUCGCCCAACCAAACCCCUGUUCUGGAGCUAUUGGUAACAGCUGGUGGGGGAUGUGCGGUCCUGCUCGGAUUGACAUUUGCUUUGGCCAGUUAUGUACGACCAACUCUUUGUGUAGCGGAUCGGAUUGCCAUCUUGUGGUUUGUGCUCUGUAUGACCCCACCAAUGCUGCCCGACCAAGAUGAAAAGAAUGGAACUAACUGUGGAUUAGCUGGGACUUUACACUGUUUCUUUGAAGGGUAUUUCAUGCUGCACCAUGAGCACAUGGCAUCUGCCCAGGAUCUCUUCGGACAAUUGUGGAAAGAAUACGCCCUGUCCGAUUCCCGAUACAUGACCUCAGACACACUGGUGCUAUGCAUGGAAACGAUGACGGUGGUGAGUGCCCAUUCACCGAAACUAGGACCGGGCCUUUCCAAGCUUAACCCACUGACCAACCCAAUCCACCAGCUUCUGUGGGGCCCCCUCUGCUUCGUUGUUGCCUAUCUGACCGCAACGCGGCACUCAUUGCGCCACCCGAUGCAAGUCGUUGUGUGCAUGAGCCAUCUCUACGGCGAUACACUGUACUAUGUCACCAGUCUUUUCGAUCACUAUGUCCAUGACCGACCGUAUAGUCGUCCGGAGAGGUAUUAUUUCUGGGUAUACUAUUUCUUGAUGAAUUUCAUCUGGAUUGUGGUUCCAUUUUGUAAGUUGUCCGUCGCUUAG